AGCGCGCCGAUGUUAAUCUUGGGAGGAGCUAUGAUUGUUGUCUUUUUUGGCAACCAAAUCCGCAGCUGGGCUAAAACGAGACAUAAAAACCUAACGUUACACAGCAACCUCAGCAAAUAAGUCAAGUUCAAAGAAAAUGUCUUCACUAAGCAGUAAAUCUGCGCAGGAACUAACCGACCUACUUGAUGGAUACGGGAUAAAGCACGGGCCUGUCGUCGACUCCACCAGAAGUCUAUAUGAAAGGAAACUGAAAGAGGUAAUGGCCAAAGGGAAAAGAGUGAAACCAUCAUCUGACCAAACCUACUACAGAGAAGAAGAGGAGGAGGUCACCUAUGUUUACAGGACACCGGUGAAGAGCGACGGUUCAGGAGACAGUAGGUCUUACUUAAGGUCAAGACCAGAGUGGACUGCAGGGGAACAUGAAACAUCCUACUCCAGCUACCCGAGGUCACAGCCUGAAUACAGAGGAAGAAGUGACGCCAAUGAACCCUACAUGUACGACACGCCGUCCACCUACAGAUCUUCCUAUUUGAAAGCGACACCCCAGAAAGUGGUUCCUGAAGCCCCGCAGACACCCAAGUCGUCUCGCCUCAUACCACUCUGGGUUCAGUUUGUGUUCUUCCUGGCUGUAGCUGUCUUCCUCUACAUCGUAUUUUCCAGUAUGGAGAUGAAUGAACCCCUCAAAGGAAUCAAAUAACUUUUGUUUUACUGUGCUCACUUAGUUGAGCUGUUUCACUUUAUUAUGCAUUUUAAUAUGAGGAAUGUAUUUUGAUGACUACCCUUAUUUUACAGAUUGGUGGUUUUAUGGUAUUUCAGAUAUUUGUAUUCAUUUUAAUUGCAGUAAAUUAGCUUGCUUUGGCUUUAAGGUAAAAAAACAUGUUUGCCUCUCACACAUCUUCAGUGCAGCUACACUAACCUUCACAAGACAUAUCCCUGAAAAGAGAGCACAAACUGCUUCUGCCCCUCUCCUGGAGAGCUGCUUUUUAUAUCGAUCCAGAUUGUUUCAGGGUAUUCUGUUCAACGCUUUGAAGCUCUUCCCUGCACAGCAGUCUUUUUUUUUUUUUUUGGCUUGCAGCGCUGAAUAUGCCAAGAAAUUCAAUUUAAGACACCCAACUCCCUCCAACUAUGAUCCACAAUAACUGUGACAGAUCUUGCCACCAACAGUUUCAGUGUAUGGUUUAAUCAGCGGUCCAACAUUUAGAAAGCCAUAAGGUUUUGUUGGCACAUUGAGCGUCACAAACUGCAAAGCGAAUAUUAGUCUUCUCCUUUGUAUUGCAGAGAACUUCAACCAAUAAUAUCUGCUGUUAAGCCACAGCAGCUAACAGUGACUCUAGGUGCAUAUGAGGAGCACUCUUGUGUUAUUAACCCAUGUAAUACUAUUGUGGGAAAGCAAUAUACUGUAAUUUUACACUAAAAUGAUUUUGUACAUUUUUCUUUAUAGUUUUAAUUUGAGGAGAGAAUUUCGCAUUUUCCUUUAAGCUACUUUUGAUUGCUCUAAUAAACAUUGAACUGAAGUGAUCCCAUCUGAAAACAAACUCUUAAGUUGUGUUACAAUGUGUAUGAUACAAUCUGCAGUUCACUAUCAAAGAUGUUCCAACAGCAUCCCAGACCUUUUUUUUCUGGUUUAUUGUACUUGCUAAUAAGGGUAUAUUAUUCUGUGUAUAUUGUUAACAUAAUUUUCCACUAAACUCUUGAAGUUCAUACUAAGUUGAGCGACAACAAUGCUUCCUACUGUCAGUUGAACAGAAAUACUGCUGAGGCAUCCUGUGGACUCUGAUGUUGUGAUCUGUUUGCUACUUCAACAUGUUAAAGAGCUUGUAUAUAUA